AUGUACCAGCCAAAACCUUUUUCACUGACUACUCUUGAAUCAAAUUUAAAAAAGAGAAUUCGCGUGUCAAAAGAGGUUGCCACUUCACAAGUAUUGUCACGUGUUGAAAAAGAUCUAUGGAAUAAUCUUCAUACUCAUCAAAAGGAAGGUCUCGUUGAAAUGGUGGUCAGAGAAGGUCGUGUUUUGUUGAGUGACGAACAAGGUCUUGGGAAAACUUUACAAGCUCUUGCUUUAUGCUCUUACUAUAGGGCAAACUGGCCAGUUCUUAUUAUUUGUCCUAAAUCUGUGCUACACGUCUGGAAAAAUGAAAUCAUCAAAUGGUUAAAACUACCAGAGUCACAAAUAGAGACCAUCGAUAGUAAUAAGAUUGUGAAAAAAGAUCGUAUCAUGUUUGUCAUCUGUGGUUACGAAAGGUUUGUCAAAGAAUCUGAAAAUGUGACAAAAAAUUAUCGAUUCGAUAUAGUGAUCGCAGAUGAAGCUCACAACAUCAAAAAUAAAAAAACUCAAAAAUCAUCUGCUCUAAUUCCUAUUAUUAAACGUGUGAAACGUGCAAUCUUGAUCACUGGGACUCCAAUUCCGAAUAGACCAAUCGAAAUAUAUUCACUGUUAAAUUCACUUGAUCCAAAAAACUUUUCAAAUGAAUUGUCAUUUGCAGUUAGGUAUUGUGGUGCAUACAAAGAUCAUCGUUUAAAUAGAUGGAACAAGCUUGGUGCCACUAAUCUGGAAGAACUUAAUACUGUCUUAAAAAAAACGGUUUUGAUCAGGCGACUAAAAGCUGAUGCUGGUUAUGAUCUGCCAGAAAAAGAACGUGAGAUGGUGUGGUGUGAUGAGAUCGAGCCAAAACUGAAAGACAAAAUAAAAAAAUUGUUAGAAAAGACUGACCAAUCGUAUAGCAAAAUUGCUAAUUCGUUAAAUUCAGAAAAAUCUGACCAAUUUGCAAAAAAAUAUCAAGAGGGCUUGUCCAGAAUAUAUUCUCUAACUGGCGAAGCAAAAUGUCCAUUCGUGAUUAAUUACAUCAAAGAUUUAUAUGAGAACACAAAUAAAAAAUUCAUUGUCUUUGCUCAUCACAAAUCUGUUCUUGAUAGAAUGGAAAGUUACAUGGAAACCAAUGGUCCACAAUCUUAUAUGCGCAUUGAUGGUGAAACAAAAUCAAAGGACAGAGAAAAAAAUUGCCACAAUUUUCAAACAAACGAUGAGACAAGAGUUGCUCUAUUAUCAAUUAUGGCUGCAAAUAAUGGUAUUACUUUGACUGCUGCUGACAUUGUGUUAUUCUCUGAAUUGACAUGGGACCCUAGUGCUUUGUUUCAAGGAGAAGAUCGUGCUCACAGAAUUGGCCGUACUGAUACGGUGGUUGUAAAAUACAUUAUUGCAAGGGGCACUAUUGACGAUUUAAUGUGGUCCGUUAUUACAAAAAAAAUUUAUACUACAGAAAGUAUUCUUGAUAAAGAUAAUAAUCAACUUUACAUAGAUGAAUUUAUAUCUGCUGAUGACGACGAUAAACCAAUUUUAACAAAUCAACAUCUUGAUAACGAUAAAAAUUCAACGAUAAUUCGAAACUCACCACCACAAAACCAUCAUCAUGACAAAUCACAACAAUCAUUAUCUAAACCUGUUACCUCCAAUAGUCAGCAAGCCACUACAUACUCACCUAUUUUAGUGGGUCAUAAAGUAGACCAUAUUAAAGAACAUAUAGCACCCCCUCAAUCAUCACCAACAAUAUCGAAAUACUUUCGCAAUGAAUUCCAGAAAGCAACGCCCAUGGUACCAAAAAUGCUUAAUACAAAGAAUCGUAAUACCAUUGCUAUUAAGAGUCAAAAACAAAAGACCUUCCAAACAAGACUGGAUAAGAUAUACACACUACCACAUCCUCCAACUGUUAGUGCUAAUAGUAGUAACAAAGUGAACAAGGAAGGAAAUUUCGCAGUAGAUAAAAUGUAA